AAAGUUCUUGAUGAGGAAAUUUUCCCUUUUUGGUACUUCAAAGGGAAAUGUUUAAAGCUGUAAGGUACUUCAUGCUCUUAACCACACUGUAGAAUUAUAAGUUAACUAAUUUGACUGGAGCUUGCUUUAUUGCAUACCAAAGUCAUCAUAUUGGGAAAGAUGAAGAAAAUCUGUAAAUUUUUUCAUGAAACCAUGAGGGUUUGAUUUAGGUGAUGGAAACUUCAUGAAAGUCUCUUUGUGCUGUAAAAAUUAAGAGCAGACAUGAAUUAUUACAACUGCUCAACAUAACUUAAUAGGGUGGAAACUUGGUAAACUGCUGUAAUUUGGUUGCUCUGGAGUUCUGUGGCCAUACCACAUAUUUCUUCAUGUCUCAUACCAUGGAUUUCUUCAUUCCCCAGUGUACAGCAUAGCCUGCUGCAGCCUGCAUGAGAAAUGGGACAAGUGUGCUUAGCUGUGAGUUGGAUCCACUAUAAUAAGAUUAUCCCAGAGCUACACAGACCUCAGCAAGCAGCUAUUUUAAGCAGGGAAUAGCAGAGAACAAGAGCAAACUGCCAUGAAAUAUGUCCAGCUGUCUCCCUUUCUAGAAUUCCAGGAUGGAAAGUGUUGCUGUGGUGUGCAUACUGUGAGCCUCAGGUAGGACAUCUCCCUUUCUUAUCCCUUCAUCCUCUUAUCUCUCUUCUUUUUGGCAAUUUUAAUAGUUUAAUGAAUACUUCAGGGUACAACUAUAAGUUUUAGUUCUAAACUUGGCUUGCAGAGAAUAAACCAUAAGGCUACUGGCAAGAGGCAGGGAGUUAUUUCCAACAUAAUAGUUUGCACAGGAAAGCCAUACCACCUGGUAUGUGUUUGCUACAUUUUACUAGUCUCCAAUGGUUUAAUGGGAUAUAUUCAAAUCAAACCACUAAGCCAAAGUUCAUACAGCAUUUAACAAAACAUAUUCAGCGUAAUGCACAGCACUUUUUCUAUAUUUCAAUAACUCUGGUUUCUUACUCAAAUGCUACCAGUGCACCACUGGAUAUGUUCCAGUGCCCUGUUCUUGGUUUGUACUCCUAUGGCACUCUCAAACAUUUAAUCAGUUGCCUGUAGAGGAAAUUAUUCCUCUACCUCUUUAUUGUGUCCCUGGGCAUGACUUUCUACUUCCACUAUAAACAUUGUCAAAGAUAGGGUGAGGGGAUUUGAGAAGAGUCCACAGUUUUCUAUUCUUCAUGCUGAUAGUUGAGUGUAUUUUUAUUUUGUGAAUGCAGUCUUAUGCCUUAUAUAGGUCCCUUUUACAGUAUGGUGCCUCCAGCAUCAACCCUAAACCCAGAAUCAGUAGGAAUAAAUGUCUGCUUCCAGGUGAAAAACUAUUUACUUCAAAAACUCACAAAUGGUCCUACAAAGAAAAUUAUUAUUGCCUCUUUCUUUAUUUAAUAAAUGUGGUUAAUGUCUUAAAAGAGUUUUCCAUUAAAGUGAAAUUUUGUUACAUGGCAAAAGGUAGGAUAUAAUCUUUAAUUCUGUCUAACACUCUGAAAUUGAGUACUUUCCCCUGGUAUACUGGUGUACUAUUAUUUAUUUUUCUGUGAUGGGAUAUUAUGAUCAUGCAUAUUAUAAAUCUUUCCAGAGGGAAUUUUAAUGUCUUAUAAGUGCUCAUCUGGUCAAUGUACUGAUCUGCAGCCAACAAUCCAAAUACAAAGUGAUUAUUUUGAAAAGCAAUCAUAAAGAAAGUUAAGCACUUCUUGGAUGCAUUGGGAAAGAAGAUAAAAAUAUAAUGAAUUAUUUUAAGGAUUUUAACCACAAAUCAGAGAGGAACCUUGGAAUAAAUUUCUGUUCUCAAUAUCUCAGAUGUAGCAAAAUUAAAAGUCAUAGGUAUGAAGUUCUAAAUUCUUUAGACUUGAAUUUAUGUACUGUUAAUUGGACAUGAGAACUGGUUCCUACAGAAUUUGCUUGCAGAGGAUUUCGAAAUAAAUGAAGUAUUUAAUUUAUUUCAUUUGACAAAACCUCAGUGAAGUAACAUUAUUGUGUAGCUCUUUCCACUUCCUUUCUGCCUUCUUUCUGGGUUGGAAUAUAUAAGGAAAAGAUUAUAGUAAAGAAAAAAGAUUUAGUAAAAUUAAAGUGUAUAGAACUUUAUAAUCUGCAGUGAUCCUCAUACUGGCUUGAAAGGAACAGAACAGACUCUUCACACUACUAGUGCACUGGUUUGGGACUUUAGUGAUCAUCACAAGAUGUCACUUCUAUGAACAGCAUUGAUAUUGGCAUGAAACCCCACAAGCAUCUAAAACAGAAUUUGCUGAAAGCAUUUAAAAAUAAUUAAGGUUAUUUUGAUUUAAUGACAGUUUGACCAAACACAGCAGUCAAGGUUGUAGGCUUUAUAAUCAUGGUCAUAAAGGAUAUUUUAUCUAUGAUACCAGUAGUACUUAUUGUUCCUAUUUUCCUGUUUAGCCAGCGAGAUACUUUAAAUUUGAGCUUUCUUACACUGACUUUUUAAAGCAUUUGAAUAGUCUUGUGCAAUAAAAGUGCAAUAAGGAAGGAGCAGGAGGUUUCUGCAUGUGUCUGUCUGUCUGAGCCACCAGGGGGGACUCAUUCCUCACCUAUAACUUUUCUGCAGCAAGUAUCUGAAAAAAACACCCAUGCCUGAACCAGGUCUAGAAAGUCAAUUCAGCAGAGAGUUUGUCUUCUUUCAAAUUCAGCAGAGAGUUUGUCUUCUUUCAUAUUAAGAGAGCUUUAUGUAAAAUCUUGUCAAUCUGCAGUGCUCUUUCCACUCUGCCCAUGAGUGCAUCAGCCACCCAACGCAUUGAGCAGCAAUGCCAGACCAAGCCCGGCCACAGAGGGACCCGAGUUCAGCUUGGAAAUCUUGUAUAUCAGUGGGGUACGGUCACUGCCACCCCCUGCCUGCUUUAGACUGACCUGGGACUUGUUGGACUGACAGAAGACUCAGCAGACAGCCUGGCUUGGCUUCUCACACGUUAAACUCCCUCCUUCACACCACUGGUCAUGGCUUUGUGGCUGAAAGGAAUAUUUUUUGGCUGUAUGUGCAAAAGCUAUCUCUUCUUUCAUAGCUGUUUCACAGCUCCUUUGUUACUGUCUCACUACUGCAUUUCUUUUUUCCGACUAUUACAGCCUUCCUGAUUUAUUUCAAUUUCACUCUGUCUUACUACUUUUAAGCAAAAUUUGUCCAUCUUGAAACAGAAUUGUGUUAUUGCUAUGAUCACAAGGAUGUUUUAUAGCAUCCUGCUAAACAACAGCAAAAAUCUGUGUGUGAUGUAAUGUACUCUGGAGACUUGUCAGGAAAGUGAUAUAAUUUUGAAUUCCCACUUAAAAGCCAAAUACUGAAAAUUUCUUAAAAUUUUGAACUCUGUCAGGCCAGUGGGACUCUUCUUGUGGUCUAUAGAAAGAUUUUGAAAUACUGAAGGGAAUUCUCUAGCUGCAUUAAAUUUUCAAAUUUUUGUCUUAUUUUGUAAAUUAUUUCCUGUAGUAAUUAAUUAUUUGUUACUUUCAGGCACCUUUAAUUCAAUUUUCCCUUUCCUUAAUUAAUCUAGGAAUUACCCCCAUCUCUGGGCACAAUCAGUCAUGGGUUUUGUGCACAUCACAGUCCCAGAUGAUUGCAUUCAGCUCCAUUUGAAAUACAUAAUUACUAAUGACAUUUCUUCAGAUGUCUGGUGUAUUCUUAAAGCAUGGUGGGCUUUGUAAGAAGCUCACAUUAAAACCAGUGAGAGGUACUGGCUACCAUAAAAAUAAAAGAAUUAACUUGGUUUUCAUCAGUUGUGGAUUUUUCUCUUCUUUAAUAUGUGCAGGAAACUGUAUUUGAAAUUAUGCCUUUAAAAAUCUUACCCCUGAUGACUCAACUAAACUUGCUCAUUACGUGCUUCUGGUAGUCAUAAUGCCAUUCCACUUCCCCAUUUCACACAGUUUUCUCUUUAAUUUUUCACUCUUGGUUUCAGCUGCACUGUCUGGGGAAAGUGUAACAACAAAAGCAGGAAUUCUUUUUCUUAACAAAAUUUAUUGUGAUGAUAACUGACAGUGCUGCAGCAGAAUUAACAAAGAUUGCAGAGAAUUUGAUAAAUAGCAGAACUUUCCCCGAAGACACGUGACUGACGAUGACUGUGCUGAAUUUUCUUCCUCUUUCUCCCAAAUGAAGUUUUAUACCAUCAGAUACUGAGCAAAAAAAGUAACUAUGUUUGAACUCCUUUUUUUCAUUUUAUUUACCCCUGGAGUCAGUGAAUUAAUUUGUACAUCAUCAGAUCUUGAAAUGUCGUAUACUUUUUGUGAUUCUACAGCUCAUUCUUUCAAGUUUAAUCUGACACCUUGCAGCACAAGGAACAAACCUGUCUGGAAGGCUGCUCUUACCUGGAUUCCAAGAAGUGACAUUCACUUUUUGAAGAUUGUCUUCAAUGUCUGGUAUGAUGGUGCCAAAGCACUCCUCUGGAAGGACGUCCUCUGCAGCGGAACUGACGAUGAAUACUCACUGUGCGGAACGCUGAAAGGAGAAACACUUGAAUCAGCAUUUGACAUUAAAGGCUCAAGAUUAGAAUUUCCAAAGGGCGACUAUAGUAUUGUUGUGCAAGGAUUCUCUGAUGAUUCUGAGAAUAAUAUGCUCAUAUGCGUGAAUGUCACCAUGAUAGUGAAAUAAGAUGCUUUCUGAGUGCAACAAACUUCUCAAAUAAUUCCAGAAUAUGGAGGUCACUUCUGUGAGCGACUGGAAUCCAAGCUGCUAAGUAAUAUGCACACUGAACUUCCUGAGGCAGAAUACAUCAUGUGCUGUCUGGGAAGCUCUAAGAUAUAGUCUUUCUCAUUUGUAGCACAGCCAUAAUCAGUUGCUCAGCCAAUGUGCCCAAAAUUUCCGGGAAUCAGGCUUCCUGAUUAAUCCAUGGAAUUACCCUGACUGGAUGGCAGGCUGGUCCUGCAUUUUGGUGCUGUGCCUUGAGUUACAAUAAAGUUGAGUGCUUCAGGCUGAGCUAAAGUAAUCAAGAAGUUUUGAAAUUUUGAAGUGCCAGAAUCAGAAGUUCAUCAGUAUUCAAUUUAAAACAACACAGCAAUUGAAUUUGGGAACCCUGCUGUGAGGUGGUGGGGGAAGUUUUUUUGGUUUGUUUGAGGUUUUUUCUUUUCUUGUAACAAUAAAACUUGUUAGUACAAUCAAUUUAAGAGAUUUUUUUUUCUCCUGUUAUUUUCUGAUGUUUCUUCAGAUGUUUCAUAUUUUUCUGCAAGCUGAAACAGAGGAGUAAUAAUUUGUUAUGUGGUAGUAGCUGAUGUGGAUGAAAUCCAAAGUGUAACACUUUUUUUUCCCAGUUACACU